AAAAACCAACGUGGGACCGUGUUCAACAAACACUGCUGCAUUGACCCACCAAACAAUAAACAACCUUUUUGAAUAUUCAUUAGACAAAAGUCAUCAUCUUGGACUUUGUUCAUAACUCAUAAGCAAGAGCCACCAAACACUCACCGUUCCUAAACUUCAUGGGACUCCACCAUCAUGAUUCAUGACUCUCACAUCCGAAGACGUGAAACCCACGCAACACAAUCCAUCUUUCUAAGUUUAUACACACCAAACAAAACGGAACAAAAAGCGUAAAGAGGAUCAUUACACCACAGCAGCAGCAGCAGCAGCAACAACAACAGCAGCAGCAACAACAACAACAACAAGCUUCAAGACAAUGAGAGUUAAAGCAACUUUGAUUAACUUCAAAUCAAAGCUUUCCAAAUCAUGCAACAGAUUUGUCUCUUUCUUCCGCUUCAGAGUUAAAAGAUCUCUCUUUAUCAGACCUCUUCGUCGUGCUCGCCAUGGCAAUGUCAAACCUAGACAUCAUCAUCAUCACCCCAAGAAGCCAAUCUCUUCUUCUUCUUCCUCUUUUCUAUCUUGUCUCUGUUUUCUCAGCACAAACAAAGACUCAGAGAUGAGCCAAACCAAACCUAGAAGUUCCUCUUUUAGUGUGAAGGAUGAUGAUUCUUUAAAGUUUAUACAUUCCCCUCUUACACCAGCAGCAGCCAAGAAGCUGUUCACAUCACCCAUCACGACCCCUGUUUAUGCAAAACGGACCAAGAAAUCACUAGGCACAAGAGAUACAUUUGAAGACAAUGCAAUGGAAGAUGCUUGCAGAAGCUUUGAAAACUAUUUGAUUCAACUGAUUGUUGAAGAAGGGAAAAUGGAUGACUUGAUGGACAUAGAGGAGCUUCUCUCCUGCUGGAAGAAUCUUAAGAGCCCUGUCUUCAUUGAACUUGUCUCCAGAUUCUAUGGAGAGCUCUGCAGAGACCUGUUUUCAGGUGAAUGAACUGAUCCAAAAAUGAUCAAAACAAAAAACUCUUUUUUUUUUAUCUUUCUUUGGUAAUCAUUGAAAACACCAUUUUAAUGUUUCUAAAAGCAAAGUGAAACUUAAAUGUGUGAAGACUAUCAAGAUUGUAUAUUUUUCUCUUGAGUAUUAAAUAACAAAGAAUUUGAUAGAGGCAAAUUUCAGUUUUAGAGUUUAUAUA